GAUUUUUCUGUGCUUAGCUGCUACCAGUUGGACUAAAAAUGUCAAAUUAGUCUUGAUAGUGUUGCUACAGGAAGGUCAGAGGUCAGCAGUCUUUUCAAAGUGGAGGAAACACCAACCAGAGUUUUGUGUUUCUUACUGGUUCCUGUGCUGUAACCUGCCGGGCUAUUUCCCCCCUUUGUGGCCUGUGGUUUAGGAUGCACCUGUAGUCGACGCUGAGGGUGAAACAGCCGUGAUGCCGUGUUCCUGUGCCGAGUGGAGGAGGUGGAUCCGCCCUCUGGUCCUGGUCCUCUACGCUCUCCUGUUGGUGGCCGUGCUGCCGCUCUGCAUCUGGGAGCUGCAGAAAGACAAGGUUGGGACUCACAGUAAAGCUUGGUUCAUAGCCGGCGUGUUCGUCUUUCUCACUAUCCCAAUUUCUCUGUGGGGGAUCCUGCAGCAUAUGGUGCACUACACCCAGCCCGAGCUGCAGAAACCAAUCAUCAGGAUACUAUGGAUGGUGCCGAUCUACAGUUUGGACAGCUGGCUGGCUCUGCGGUACCCCACCCUGGCCAUCUACGUGGACACCUGCAGGGAGUGCUACGAGGCCUACGUCAUCUACAACUUCCUGGUGUUCCUGCUGAACUUCCUCAGUAACCAGUACCCGAGCCUGGUGCUGAUGCUGGAGGUGCAGCAGCAGCAGCCACACCUGCCCCCGCUCUGCUGCUGCCCGCCCUGGCCCAUGGGAGAGGUGCUGUUGUUCAGGUGUAAGCUGGGAGUCCUCCAGUACACUGUCGUCAGACCUGUAACCACGGUGAUAGCGCUGAUCUGUCAGCUCUGUGGUGUUUAUGAUGAAGCCAACUUCAGCUUCAGAAACGCCUGGUCCUACCUGGUCAUCAUCAACAACAUAUCUCAGCUGUUUGCCAUGUACUGUCUGCUGCUGCUGUACCGAGCCCUUAGAGAGGAGCUGACUCCCAUCAGGCCUGUGGGCAAGUUCCUCUGCGUCAAACUGGUCGUCUUUGUCUCUUUCUGGCAGGCUGUAUUAAUAGCGUUCCUGGUGAAGGUCGGUGUGAUCUCCGACAAACACACCUGGGACUGGGACAGUGUGGAGGCCGUGGCCACUGGACUACAGGACUUCAUCAUCUGCAUAGAGAUGUUCCUGGCUGCCAUCGCUCAUCACUACACCUUCACCUACAAGCCCUACGUACAGGAAGCAGAGGAGGGCUCGUGUUUCGACAGUUUUCUGGCCAUGUGGGAUUUCUCUGAUAUUAGAGCUGAUGUCACAGAGCAGGUCCGACAUGUUGGUCGUACAUUCCUGGGUCGUCCAAACAAGAUGUACUUUGGUUCAGCAGCUCGACCUGAACACACUGAACACACUGGCCUCCUCACAGCGUCCUCCCAGGACCCCAUCGCAGCGGCAGCCACAUCGAUGCCCCCCUCACCUUCCUCGAGUGGACGGUACCAAGGCCUCGGCCACACCCCCACCCCUCACUCCAUCUCCGCCCCUGCAGGAUUUACUUCUUCAACCUGGGAGGACGACAGUGACAGCUCACCUCCACAGGCGGGCGGUGUCCAGUAACAGGGUGUCAGCACUGCGAACCCACAUCCAGGGGUAGGACUGGAGUGUGCUUCAUGGUUACGGACAAAGAAACUCUUGGAUUCUGUAAUAAAGCCAGAAAAUAAAAAUAUAAAAUGAAUGAAAAGCUCAUUUAUCAAGACUCAGCAAAGGAAAGCAGAGAAAGAGUCUGCACUCUGUGGUGUCAAAGCCAUGUUUGUUGAGAAACUUUGGUAUAAUUUUAAAAUAAUUACCCAGUUUUAAAUGUUUGAAAUCUGUAUUUUGGUGUCAGAUGAUGUCAUUUUGAUAAAUGUACCAGUGGCAGUUGAGAGGAAGAGAUAUCUGAUGGUUUCAUCGGACUGAGGACAAGGUGUUGUCUUAGUUUUACACUCUAAUGGUGCUGAAGUGUUGUUGAGCUAGGUCUGACUAUUUGUUCUAAUUAACAAUAAAUCAAAAUGUCAUAUCUAAUCACCACAAA